GGAUGCUUUGUGAGGGAUUUUUUAGGACAGAAACAGGUAUAAAGAAAUGGUAUAAAGAAAAAAGCUAAGCUACUUCUUUUUUGGACAACAACAUGCUUACACACAAAGUUGUUCCAAGUGUAAAAAUAGAAAGUAAUUUUAAAAUGUCAUUUGUCUUUCUAACCACAAACAUUUCAGUUGAUAUGUGUUUCUUUUUUUUUCUAAAUGUUGAUUUAGGUCAAUAAUGGUGUCUACAGUGAGGAUUGAGAUCAUUCUCUCAGUUUACAUCAUUUCAUUCCUGAUCGGCUUCCCCUGUAAUCUCUUGGCUCUCUAUGCAUUUAGUACCAAGGUCCGUUCCAAGCCACGUCCAACAGACAUCCUGCUGCUUAAUUUGACCAUCUCCGACCUUCUGUUUUUGCUCAUCCUUCCUUUCAAGAUGCACAAGGCAGCAUCUGGUAUGAAGUGGGAUCUGCCCAACUUCAUGUGCUCCAUCACUUACUUCACAUUUUUCUCCACAAUCUACACCAGCUCCUUGCUGCUGAUGGCAGUCAGUGUGAUCCGCUACAUAGGAGUAGCAUUUCCUAUCAGCUAUCAUCUACUGCAGAAACCUGUGUAUACAAUUGUUAUCAGUGUUGCUGUUUGGCUCAUCUCAUCAGCACACUGCAGCAUUGUUUUCGUCAUCCAGCAUCACCCAUCUCUGGCCAGUAAUAACUCCAAUGCGUGUUAUGAACAGUUUUCAGAGAAGCAGUUGAAGAUCCUCCUCCCAGUACGUCUGGAGUUUUUCUUUGUACUCUGCCUCAUACCUCUUCUUAUUUGUGUUUACUGCUACUUGCGCUGCAUCUCGAUUCUGUACAGCCGUCCCAGGAUAUCCCAGAUGCAGAAACAGAAG